GCGCUGGUUCUCUCCCCGAUGGAGCUGGUGUCCUUUUUUACACACUUCACACUAGCAUGAACCAUAAAAGAUGAUCAAGAAUGGAUAGAAGGUUAUGGACAUUGGACUUUACCCUGGUUUUUUUACGAAACCACUUUUGAAUUAUUUAAUCAGCAUUUGUGGGAACAUGAUCAGACUGGAAUAUGGGACUGACUUGAGGGCACAGGGUUUGCAUCAUAGCCAUUCAUUUAGGUUUUACCACACUGAGCAAUCAUCAGACCUGUCUGCCAUGUCAUUACAGAUCAUCUGUGAUUUCAGACAGUGAGGGUUGAAGGCAACAGUUGGCUUGUUCAUGAAUGUAGAGACCUGACUCAUCUGGCCACAGUGCAUCUAUAAGCACUCUGCUCAAGGGUAAUGGUUUUGUUCUUUUUACAACAGAUUUUGAGUCUUUGUGCAUUGCACACAGUCUUUUAAUGUGGCUGGGUCAGUGAGUUGCUUAUUUAAUUCUGUGUUAGUUUUUGUGGGUGUGUAUUUGUGUGAUUUAGCAGCGGCCCUAAUGAGCUUUAUCUCGAGACUAGUAAUUGCUACCAAACUAAUGUAACCUAAUAUUUCAAUUCUACUGUACUUAUUAAGUAAUCAGUGAUUACACUGAUUCAUCUAGAAAUUGAAAUGGUGCCGGGUAAAAGUUUGGGACAUGUUUUCUCUUUAACAUGGUGCUUCUGUUCUUGGCAUGUUUUACCACAAGAUGUCGCUGCUGUUUCACCUUUAAUUCACGGAAAGCGCUCUGUGCUUCAUUUCAAGGGAGGUAGAAAUGACUUUACAAAUGCUUAAUUGGCGUAUUACUUUUUUCUGUAAUAAAAUUGGUAGGCUACUGUGUGUGAACAUAAUCCUGCUUAACGCGCGCGAGUGUAUUUAGAACUGUGCUAUGAUCACUAAAAAGAAUCUUUAAGAAUGUAAAAUCAUGUCAUUAUUUACUUAUCCUAUCGUUGUUGGGAAAAUAUCAGUGUGCAUUAACGUUUAUGAUACCGUUAUUACUAAACAAUUUUAUGCUGACAUUUCUACACUGUUUUCAUUCAUUCUCUUUUUGCAAGUGAAAUAAAGCAAGUCAUAUUUAGAAAGACAUGAUGAGAGAGUGAUACAUAGGGACAUGAUGACAACAUAGUUGCCUUAUUGUACUCUCCUGUUUGCACGAAUGAACUUAAUGGCAGGCACACAACCAAUUGAGAUACUUUUUGUGUGUGUGUGUGCAAGUUUUCCAUUAUUCUGUCAUUUGCAUCCUAACAAACAUGAGGAAACACAUCAUAAAACAUCAGAAUGGUUUCUCCCCGCUGAGACAGCUGAGAAUAAUGAGUAGCGUGCUGCCCAGCUCAGAGCGAGUGUGAUUGGUUCUCCGCGCAGCAUCAGGAGACCUGUGGCUCAUCACUGGACCGAGAACAGCGGGAGAUUCCUCACAGACACAGAGCAGAACGCACGCUCCUCCGCCUGCACGCGCACUUGUGUCGACACAUUAAGCCUUAUUACUAUACCUGAAGCUAAGAGUUUCAGUUAGAGAAGGAAUCACUAUGGAUUGCUCUGAAGAGGUACAGUCACUCUCAGAUGAAGCCAGCACUCCCAUCGAGUUAAAGAAAGGAAUGUCAAUAUUUUUGGAUAUAUUGAGAAGAGCUGAUAAAAAUGAUGAUGGGAAGCUGUCCUUUGAUGAGUUCAAGGCUUAUUUCUCAGAUGGUGUUCUGUCAGGAGAUGAAUUAAAGGAGCUCUUCCAUGCAAUUGACACUCAUAACACCAACAACGUGGACACGGAUGAGCUGUGUGAAUACUUCUCUCAGCAUCUUGGAGAAUAUGAAAAUGUCCUCGCAGCCUUGGAAGACCUGAACGUAUCCAUACUGAAAGCCAUGGACAAAACCAAGAAGGACUAUCAGGAGGCCACACAUCUGGAGCAGUUUGUGACACGUUUCCUGUUGAAGGAGACCACCAGUCAGCUGCAGUCUCUCCAGAGCUCUCUGGAGUGUGCCAUGGAGACCACAGCCGAACAGACCCGGCAGGACAGACAGGGGCCUGUGAAGCCAGAGGUUCUGCCCAUUCAGUGGUCAGGAAGGAGAUCUAAUAGAAGACUUCAAAGGAAUAACAGCUUGUCUCCGAACAACCCACUUCUGAACCUUGUCAAUUCAGGUCUGUAUGAAGAGGACAAUCAAUGGAUAACUCAGAUCAACAGACUGCAAAAGCUGAUUGACCGUCUCGAGAAAAAGGAACUGCGUUUGGAGCCGGUGGAAGAAGAGGUGUUGGAAAGCUCAACCAAAUCACACAUCCUGAUCGUGCAGAGGCAGCUCUCAGUGCUGGAGGAGGAAGUGGAGGAGUUUCGUCUGGCUCUCCGGCAGUACAUCGACUGCGCAAGAACCCAGACCGGCUGCCGCCAUGUUGCAGUUCAGCGGCUUGCCAACGAAUCCCGCUUCAUUCUGUAUGAGUUCUGGGAGCAAAGCAACAUGUGGAAGAAUCAUCUGCAGACCAAUUACAGCAAAACCUUCCAGAGAGGCAAUGUGGAUUUCUUAGAGACGCCAGAGAUGAUGACAACUAUGCUGGUUCCAGCAUCAUGGUGGGUCCUCAACAAUAACUAGAAUCUGUCGACUCCCGUUCGAUGACAGCAGACAUUAUGAGGACCACACAAGCCUGGACUGACAUCUGUAUCCCUGUCAUCAGGAACACGUUGUCUUCAUAUCUGCUGUAUAGUCAUAGUGACUAGCUCCUGCUUUCAGUGUUGUUCCAUUCUUAGCUCUAUAGGAGUAGUGUAAACUGUAGAGGAUAUCAAAUAGAGCAACGAGAUCUUUGUUCUCCAGUGAUAGCACUCCAGUCUCAUCAGAGAUGUGUAAGAUAUGUGUUCAUCUGUGCCGUGACAGUACAGUGUUGAGUGCUGUCAGUAUGUCUGUAGCACAGCUCUGUGUCUCCUCGUGUAGCAGCACUUGACACGACCACUUCUUUUGAGAAGAUAUACUUCUGUUCUUGUAUUUCAUGUAGUUUGUCAUCUCAGAAUGAACAUAUGAAAUUAAUGUGACCAACCACAAUUUCCGUCUUAAGUAUUGCCAAGUGGAGGUAGUAUCAAGUGGUUAAUAAAGUUUCUAAGUGGA